AUUCAAAUCACAGGUUUAGAAUGUUUAAAUUCCUAUAAAUCGCGUUGGUUAAAACCCGGAAAAAUUCAAAGAGAUUGCCAUGAAGUGUCCCGGUGCCGUUGCUAGAGGGAGCAGUAGCUCGGUUUCCGCGCGCUUUGACGCUCGAGCCCACCGGGGAACGGAGAACCGGGUGAGAACGAGAGACGCCUUGUUCUGGACUGGCCUGGUUUAGGCGCCGAUGCUCGGGGGUCGUAACGGAUUGACAUUUCGUUUAACAAACACAACUCGCGGCAUAUUUCUGUGCGAGUGGAUACGGUAGCUCCCCGGAACACGAUCUACUGCGUGUCGUGAUGAAAGCUACGUAUUGAAGAGAUCAAUACAACCUUGGAUCGACCAGAGGCUGGCCAGAAGAGAGAGAUGCUGGAGGCUGACGUGGAGUCCUCGGGUACAGAGUUGGCUCUAGACUUGCAGGCUGAAAUGGAGAUGGGGAGCGGGGAUCUGAAUGCGGAGGUGCUGCGGCUCUCCCUGGAGCUCCAGGAGGCCACAGAUCAGAAGCUGCAGGCGGCCCGCUAUGGCCUGGUGGUGCUGGAGGAAAGCUCUGCCCUAAAGACCAAGCACAGGCAGCUGGAGGAAGAGCAUGAGGCACUCAGACAGGAGCUACAGCAGCUCAAAGAGGCCUUCACAGACUCUGUCAGCAGUCAGAAGCGCGCAGCUGCAGAUGGAGAGUGCCGGGAGGAGAAUCUCAUGCAGGAGACGGCUACUAAGGAGGCUGCCAUGGCAACCCGCUUGGAGGAGGUCCAGGCGGAAUUGAAGCAGGCCCGUCUGGCUCUGGGUAAUGCCCAUGCUGAAAUCGAUAGGAUCGGGGGGCUCGCUGGACAUCUGAAGAAGGAGUCUGAGUGUCUGGAGGCGGAGAAGGACCACCUGCGGGACGAGAUGAAGGAGUACAAGGUGCGGGAGCUGAGGCAGCUGCAGGACAACUGUGAGCUGGAGGAGGAGAACAUCUCUCUACAGAAGCAAGUGUCGGUGCUCAAGGAGAACCAGGUGGAGUUUGAGGCGGUGAAGCUGGAGCUGACCCAGAAGGACGAGGAGCAGGAGGACCUGCGGGGGCAGCUGGACGAGGCGGCGCGCCUCAAGGAGAUCGCUGAGCGGCAGCUGGAUGAGGCCCUGGAGGCCCUGAAGGAGGAGCGGGAGCAGAAGAACAACCUGAGGAGGGAGCUCUCGGCCCUCUCCCUAAACCCCUUCGACUCGGUGGGCAACCUGGAGCUCCACCUCGACCAGCUGGACGAGAGCCAGGAGGAGGGCCCGGGGGGGCGGGGGGGCGAGGGAGAGGACCAGGACAGCGGCUUUAACAACGGCCCCGGCUCCGCCCCCGAUUCUGCUGACCCUCCUCACUCGGGCGGCUCCAAGACCAACGGCCUCAUCCAGCGCUACUCCACGCCGCGCAGCAGCGACGUCUUCCUCCGCGCACCCACGUCCGGCCUGGUUUCCGACCUGCUCAGUGAGCUGCACUUCUCGGACAGCCAGAAGCUCAAGCAGCAGCUCCUACAGGUGGAGCGAGAGAAGGCCACGCUGGUCAGCACCAUCGAGGAGCUCCAGAUGCAGCUGGUCAUGUCCAAGCAGGCGUUCAGCCAGCAGGAGGACAAGGUGGGCUCGCUGACCCAGCAGCUGGAGGUCAUCCACGGGGGCCAGCAGGGCGGACAGAAAGCCGGCGGCGGGGACAACGAGGCGGAGGACGGCGGCGACUACGACUACGAGCUGGACGUCAAGAGCACGGAGGUGCUGGAGGCCCGCAUGCGCGCCGCCCAGGAGGAGCUGCUGCUGCUGCGGGAGGAGCUGACGCAGGCCGGGGCGCGCUACACCAGCCUGGAGCAGCGCUGCAGGCAGGAGAAGGACCGCUGGCGGGCCGAGGCCCAGGAGCUGGCCGACAAGAUCCGGCAGUGCAUCAAGUCGAGCCGGCAGGACCAGGAGCGCAUCAGCGAGCUGGAGAAGGAGAUCGGCGCCACGCGCAAGGUGGCCACCGACUCGGAGGGCCACCUGAGCGUGGCGCAGGAGGAGCUGCUGGCCUUCUCCGAGGAGCUGUCCAACCUCUACCACCACAUCUGCGUGUGCAACAACCUGACGCCCAAGCGGGUCACCCUGGACUAUUACCGCGACGGCGCCCGGGCCAACGGCGGCGGGGGCAGCGGGCGGCGGGUGCACCACCCCACCCCGGCCCAGCAGGCGCAGAGGAAGCAGCGCUCCAGCGACCUCUUCGGCUCCAAGGCCGCGGCCCUGCAGUUCAUGGGGGAGGUGGACUGCUCGGGGUCCAGCGCGGACCCGGCCAGCUGCCCUGGGACACCCUCACUGGACUUCAGGGACCCCUCCAACGUGCGCAACCUGAUGGCGGUCAUCAGGUGCCAGGUCAAACACCUCCGGGUGGCGGUGGACCUGUGUCGCCAGCGCGGCGCCCUGCCCUGCUCGGCGUUCGGCAACAGCGGGGAGUGCGAGCGCGACGCAGAGACCCUGAUGGAGGAGGUGCUCAAACUGAAGUCUCUGCUCAGCACCAAGAGGGAGCAGAUCGCCACUCUGAGGACCGUGCUCAAGGCUAACAAGCAGACGGCCGAGUUGGCGCUGUCCAACCUGAAGACCAAGUAUGAGACGGAGAAGGGCAUGGUGUCGGAGACCAUGGUGAAGCUGAGGAACGAGCUCAAGGCGCUGAAGGAGGACGCCGCCACUUUCUCCUCUCUGCGAGUCAUGUUCGCUAGCCGCGCUGACACAGCUCUCAUCACUCCACCACCCGACUCCUCCAUAAAGAGAACCCGUCUUCAUGUUGACCCGACCCAACCUCUCCUCCCUCGGCCACCGCCCCGCCACCGAGACCUCCUGUCGACCACCACCACCACCUCCCCCCUGACCCCCGACCCCCACACUCCCCUCCAGACAACACCAGACCUUCUGGAUCCAACAAACUGAAACUAAAACCAUCUUGUCAUCCAUCCAUGCCUUCUGUGUCUCCCUCUCCGCCUGGAGCGCGCCUGCGUGCAUGCAGCCCGGCCCCCGCAGUAGGGCGGGGGGGGGGGACCCCGCUGCUCCCCCUGGCUCUGUGGUGUCUUAACUGUCGCCACACAACGUCCCGUCCCAUCGUCUUGUGUUUUUAAAGAUUGUGUGCUGUGAAGAAGUUCCAUUGACAGUAUUUGUUCUAGGCUGAAUCUUUCCAAUACGAUAUUUAGUUUCCACAAGUAUUUUUCCACAUGGCUUCGUCCCGUCCCAAAUGUACUGUGUUUUAAAGUGAUGUAUAUGCAAGGCUGUGACCUGUUGCCCUAAAACAUCCGGAAACCUUUUGCCUUUAGUGUGGCCUUCUUUGAUUAGGCCUCUCUGUUAUCCAUUUAGUGGUGCUGACCCUCACAACUACUAUGGUUUAGACUCUGUAGCUUUCUAAUAAUGGCAUACACAAAUGUCUAAUGCUUGCAAAAGUCUUGUGGCCCAUCCAUCUUCAGAAUCCUCUUCUGUAUCACGGACCCUGAUACAAAGGUGUCAUAGUGUGAUAUCCGUUUCAGAACCUCUGGCUUUGACCGAUCAGCUACAGCAACCUUUAAAGUUCAGCGAACAGAUCACUUCACUGGGGAGUAUAGCUCAGCCAUAUUGCUACCGCCUCAGGUCAAACACAAAUGAAUCAGGCACCGUGAUUUGAAGAUAUGAUUGGAUCAACAUCCAGCUUACGUUGCCAGCUAUGCAGACAUGUCGGGUCGGUUAUUGUUCAAUGUCAAUCGUUCAGAUUAGAGUGAGCUGUUACAAGUUUACUUAUUUUCUUGCGGUAAAGUUCCAGUACCUUCUUAAAGCAAUUUGGCUACAAAAAAAAACAAAACUUUAACCAAUAUAUCUAAGGGACAUAUCUAUGUGAUUCAAACAAAAUAUCCAGGACUGCAUUAAUUGUGCUUUCAGAUUUCCCCAUUGGCCUGAUUACCAUAAAAUAGAAAGCCCAGUGUGUCUUAAUAACACAUUGGUAUGAGUCAACAUCCUGUUGGUAUCAUGCACAGUUGAAUUCAUACAUUUGGCACAUACAGGUUCAUAGAAGUCCAACUACUAAUAUGGCAGUUAACUACUAACAGCAGCUGUGUGGCUAGCCUUCAUUCAAAUUAACUCAUUUAAAUAAUGGCUUCUUAUAGGCAUGAUUGGAAACCUUAUAGAUGCAAAUAUGGUUUCCUAUUUAGAUGCUUACUUACAAGAGUAAAGUUUAAGAUCUCCACAGGUUAUAACGUUCUUUGCAACUUCACUCACAUCUGACAGUCCAAUGAAAAUGCUGAGAUUUGUAAUCCAUUUCCAGGACUGAAAUGUGGAUCAGAUACGGAUCUCCGGUACCAGAAGCAAUGUGAUGUGGAUCUUAAGCAUCAUCUUGUUAAUUGUGGACUUUGUGGGAAGAAUCGAGCUUAAGAAUCACGUUUAAAAUUGAAAAAUCAAUGUAAGAAGGAAAUAUAUUUUCAAUUGUAGAUUAUUAGUGAAUUAGAAGAAACCACGUCCUGCUGAUUUUUUAUAAAUCAAUAAUUUGAGUGCCUUGUCUUUUUUUGCUGGCCUCUUUAUCUUGGACUGCUGUCACCUUUUGUAAAGAAUGGCUAUCACGCAAACACUGUAGAAAUUAUUUUUCUUUUUAAUUAGCAAAUUUAUUUGUUUGCUUUUUAGGUAAAAUGGUGGCCAGUCAGCACUGAUUAAGGUGAUACUUGAUUUCGGUAGAAUAUUUUCUAUUAUGUAUACUGCAUAUGCACACACCUUGUAUGAUGAUACGAGUACACAUGAUUAGACUGAGUCCCUCAAGGUCCCUGAACUAACCAACUACUGUUUUUAGUUGGUAAUAUUAUUAUAUGGAUUAUGAAGGAUGUAAAUAUGCAACAUUUUAAAAUAUUCUACCAAAAAUUAAUAUCUGAGUAGAAUUUGCAAUGGAAUCCUGUUACUGCUUAUCAAUUCUUGUUGCGAAUGUGAAUAAUUUAUGUAGUUGUAUACAUUUUCAAUUGACAUCUGUAUUUAUGUUUUGUGUAAAUUGUUGCAAUGUCAUUCACAUGCAUCAUCCUUGUAAACCACUUGUCCUGAAAAAAUAAAAUACUGUUCAUGUAA